AUGGCUGAGAAAACAUCCCCCUGGCUGAUAGGACUGCGAUUCACCCAAGUUGUAUUCAUUGGAGCUUUUUCCUAUUAUAAUCUUGGAAUAGUCGCUGACUACAUCUUUAAAGGGUACUUUUUGCAAACUAUCAUUCUGCUCUUCUAUGCCAUGCUAUGGCUUUGGCGUUUGUUCCAUACACAUGCGACUAAUAUCUUCGCGGCCCUCUGGGCUGGUAUCAUAUAUGCUUGGAGGUUUUCGAAUGCGACCACGAAAAGUCUUGUAUCGGAGGUUGAAUACCUCAAAACUUAUGUUGUGUCGUUCGUCGUCCACUCCUAUCGACUCGUUGCUUCUUUAUUCCUCGCCGUCAUUCGGUUCACGGAGCAAAGUUUAGUACAGGCAGUUGGGCAUCUCCUGUCUUACAUUGUGUCAUUUUCACUUAAUUCCUACCGAUUCGCUAGUAUUACCUAUAUCACUGCCGUUCGGCUCGCGAAGCAAAUUGUCCCGUUCGUUCGACACACAAUGGUUGUGUAUGGCCAGCUUUGGCAACCCGUUAACCAUGCCACAGGAAAUACGCGACGAAACCGGGAUAAUUAUAUUGGAGACGAUGUUGAUCCCUUCAUUUCUGCUUGGGGGACUUGGUACAUCGGUACUAAGCAGCUAAUAAGCCGUAUUAUUCUUCCCUCAGCUUACCGAAAUCUCAUUUGGCGGUAUUUCGGCAGUCGUCUUCCUAGUUGGAUCUGGGAUUACCCAUCCUCUCUCACGAUUGCCUUCGACUAUACACAUCGUAAGGUGAGCAAGGCAAUACACUUCUACCUAAUGUUUGCGCACGGAGAAAAAGCAGCCGUUUCAUUCGGUCUUCUGUGGACUAUAACCUUCCGGCCCCUCACCGUAGCGCUUUUUAUCAUAACUUCAUUCUACGCUAUGCUCCACAGCCCGCCAGCCCCAACCAACCUACUAACCUGGGACUUCACCCCUACCGACCACCUCACGCUGACGGUAAUCUGGGACUGGGUUAUCCUAAUUACAUAUAUCACGGUCAUGCCUACAGCUAGACUAAACGUAACAUACGCAUACCGAAGCGUUCACGCGCAAAUGCUAUGCUUCCACCACCUGCGCGAUCGAAUCCGAUACGAGAAUCCGCAGUGGCGCGAUAGUUUGCUGUCGAGGUAUCUCUACGCACAUGCUUCCCUAAUAUACAUCCUAUUAUCCCGUUUCUUUCGUCUGGAUCAGGGACAGCAGGGUGAGACACAACGGGCGCUGUAUGCGCAAAGUCUGGGGUUGGUGCAGUUCCGCCAUCGAAGGAGGAUGAGGAGACAGAUUCGGAGUGUCUGGUUCACGGAUGAUGUUGCGGUCCAACGGCUUGUUAUCCGCGCCCGUAGGUAUUGGUGGAUACCGUAA